AUGGCCCAACCACAGAGUCCAGACCUCACUAGUCUGUCCUCCCAAUUUCAAGGCCUAGCUGAGAACCUCACCCAUGAAUGGGGAUUCUUCGUGGUGCGCACCGCGUACACGGUGGACGUCGACAAACAAAGCUGGACAGCUGCACUGGAGAAUCUUCGUCGAUACGUCAAGACGGGUGACGAUGCUGCCGAGAUACACCCUAGCACACUUGCCCUACCCGUCAUUGCGGAUCAAAGCGCCUUAAACGAAACCGACUUCGCCUCUAUUCGCAAUGCUUUCACCGGUUGGCUGAAUGAGUUCCUUCGCCAUAAGAGCCCGUCGGACGAUGAUGGUGACGAGAAGUGGCCGUCUGAUGUGCGUCGUGACGUCUUCAUAGUCAUCGACGAUUCCUCAUUAGCCUCUCUCCUCAACGCACCCGAGCCCGUUCGCGGCCGCCGCCCCAAUCUCGACACGGAGCCAUGGGUCAUCGUUGUGGACUCUGAGAAUCCAGAUACCGUGCCCUAUCGCGGCGGCGGCCCGUACAUGGGUUUCAUGAGAGCACGGGCAUGUGCAUUGGGACAGCUUUUUGAAGACCUCGGUUCGAGGUCCAUGGGAAGAUUGUGUCCAGUCCGGGAGUAUGAGGACCAGAUUCCUUUUUAUGAUGGAUCUCUGCGUGGAAAGCUGAUUGAUGGUGGUUUUGAUGCUGGUGCAAGAUACAAGUUUCCGCGAGGCACGCCAAGGGGCGUGGAUGGCGCCCGAGCCAUUCCAUGA